AGCGGGGAACUCAUCCUCGUGUGCUCGACGUUCGAAGGCGGCUCGCACGUCGAAAACGGUGUCAUCCGAUGACUCGUUGAUGGACGUCGAACAACAGGUCGAGGAUGGAGGCUCGGACGAUGGUCGGGGCGCAACUCAGUUGCGGGGUAUUUCGGCGUCGUGCGUGGGGCUCGGUGGCAGGGCGUGCGGUAGCGGGAUGCGCGGCGAGCUCGGUAAUUUUUCCGGCGGAAUAAGUGAAAGAGGAGAGGAUGAGA